UUUUCCCUUCAUUUCCACAUUUUCCAAACAAACCUCCCUCCACCUCUUCCUUUUUCUGGACAUUAAUUAACGAACCCAUCCGAAACUUCACAACUUUGCGUAGACGACUCUCUCUCUCUCUCUCUCUCUCUCUCUCCAGUUUCGUCCCUCUCCUCACUUCUCCGCAUUGAAUUUCCCACCAAUCAUCCUAUCCGUGGACCACGACUUCUCAAUUCCGCCAUUUAUCAUACCAAGGAAAACGAAGCCCUAGGUUCCUCGAUACUCGUCAACCCCCAAAUCUCUCCCACCAAACUUCAAACAAAUCAUAAACCCUUAAAAAAGGGGGCAAAUUACUUUUGUCUGCGCGUAUGGAUCUCCAACUGGUAAAACAAGGCUUGGAUUUCUCUCGAAGACGAAAAAGGUACCUUAUUGCUUUAGCUCUAUUCGGUGUUUCAACUUAUGGUGCUUAUAAAUUGUAUCACUUGCCUUCUAUAGCGAGAAAAAGGAAGAGACUUUUCAAGUUAAUAGGAGCUUUGGUUUCAAUAGCGGAAACAGUUUCUGAUUCUGCUGAAACUGUUAGUGUAGUGUCCAAGGACUUGAGGGAGUUUCUGGAAUCUGAUACUGAUCAGAUUCCCAACAGUUUGAAGCAGUUGUCGAAAAUCGCGAGGUCGGAGGAGUUUUCGCAGUCGGUAGUUAGGGUUACAGAGGCGAUGACGGUCGGGGUUUUGCGUGGGUGUCGGGUGGAAAUGGGAGAUGAGAGCGGGGAGGGGUCGAAAUCGAGUUGUUCGGAUCGUGUUGUGGAGAAAUUGAUGUCGAAUGCUGGGACCGGGUUUGUAUCGGUGGUGGUUGGUAGCUUUGCGCGUAACUUGGUUUUGGCGUUUUACUCGAAUGGUGAAUCGAACAAUGGGUUGAGCGGUGAUGGAUGGGUAAAUGUGGUUUCGAGUGAAAAGUGUAAAGUGCUGAUAGCUGAUUGCAUUCAGACAUUUGUGAGUACAGCGGUUGCUGUUUUCCUGGACAGGACAAUGGAUGUUAAUAUGUACGAUGAAAUCUUCGCUGGGCUGACGAAUCCUAAGCACCAGACCAAAGUCAGAGAUUUUAUGGUUUCUGUUUGUAAUGGGGCAGUGGAAACACUAGUGAAAACAUCUCACCAAGUGUUGACUAAUCCAAAAUCCAAUCGGGACUCGAGUUCAAGUGAUUCUGGGUCAAUUGUUGAUCACAACAGAAAUCCAAGUAGAAUGAGGGAGGAGUUUAAAAGCACACCCAAUGGGAUUCAGGAUAGUGGGUGGAUGAGUACUAUUACGUCCACAUUGGCAGUACCGAGCAAUAGGAGGUUCGUGGUUGAUGUGACGGGGAGGGUGACAUUUGAGACCAUUAGAUCUCUGGUGGAGUUCUUCUUGUGGAAGAUAUCAGAGGAUUUGAAAAGAAGUGUUAGUGUAGUUCAUGAAGAGGCCGUGGAGAGGGGACUACAAGUCGUAAGAUAUGUUGGGGCUAAGUCCUCUGUUAUUGUUACCAUAUGCCUUGCUUUGUAUUUACAUAUCAUGGGUGGUACUAGAACUUUGGUAGCUACUUAAAUAUCAUUAUUUAUUCCAUGUGUAAGCUGUUCAUAUAAGGAAAUGGAUGGAAUCCUAUUGAGUUAAUUUUUCAGGGAGGAUGCUCGUUAACAUCUUUAUCUCUGUUAAGAGUUAUGACCAUGGUAUACUGUGAUGUUUUUCUCUCUUGAAUGACGGUGGCUACAGGUUCUGGAAACAAUCAGCUAAGCUUCUUUGUUAAUCCUUUGAACUGACAGUUUCUAGUUGGUUGUGUCAUGGGCGUUUAAGAGUUGAAGAUACCAGUAAGAAGGAAAGAGAAAAUUACGUUUGAUGGAUGUGGAUUCUGCAAGUGCAUCCCUUUAGUGGCUCGGAAGUAUGGGAAGUAGUUGAAUAGAACUUUAAACUUCUGUUGACAUUCUGACUGUUCAACCAGGGUUUUAUCUGCUCCCCUCAACAAAAUGAAAACCAGGAUUUUAUCUGCAAAUGGCAGUCAUGGGCCGGCUUCAUUGGGAAGAGUUCUUAAGCUGGAUACUGUUUGUUGUGAAAGAGCAGGAACAGAAGGUAAAUGGGCUCCAGUUGCAGUUAUGGUGACACGGUUAAAAGUUUCUUGGCAAACAAUAGAUGAUCGAUCCGUUCAGUUACUGGGUUGGAAUGGGAGGUAGUUUUUUAGACCCUUUUUCUUAUGGGUGUUGGCGGAAGAAUGUGGCCUCUGUGUCAAAAAUUGUACAAUAUGGGAUACAAGUGCAGAAAUUUAUUGGUUGCGCUAAUUGAACUAAGCUCAUGAAUGUUAACUGUUGUUGUUUGCAACUAUGUAAACUGUAAAGGAAUACGUGUUUGAACCACAAUGGUUUUGAGGUGUAGGUUUCAGUUUUCAAUCAUGAUAUGUAGUGUCUACCUUGAUGUAACUACUCUGAAAGCUAUUGCAAAGCUAUUUGGGAUAUCUGAA